UCCAUAUCACCUCAUGUUUCGUUGCAUCUGGCAAAUCGGUACAUGCCUGUUUGUCUGCCUCGAGCGCUCCUCCUCCUCUGUCUCUCCCUUCUGAUCGUGCGAAGGCGCCGCCCCCGUGGAUCGUGGCGAUCGCAUUGAUCGCCGCCGGCGAGGAUGUCGGAGCCCCGUCGGCGUGCUCCUGGAGAUGCAGCCCCUCCUUACGAUGCUUUUGAUGGUCUUUUCUCGGUUGAGAUACAUCACAAAGGUUUCUUUUGUGGAACUGACAACAACAACACCUACAUGGAUUAUGAAGUUGCAUGGUUUGACAACUGUGAUAGUGAUACAUGGUCCUUGUUAUGGAUUGAUGACUUUUUGCAGCAGCUAGGUUAUGACAGAGAUUGUUUGAAGCUUGAUGUGUACUGGUGUCAGCCUGGAAAGACAUUGGUUGAUGGGCUAAGAAAUUUGACAUGUGAUGCAAAUAUCCUUGCAAUGAUAACAACAACUACAGAGCACAAGAACUUGUUACUGAUUGUAGACCAUGGAGAGAGAUUUGACAGUGCUCUCAGAGAUGAUAUUUUACUUGAUGGAGUUCCUGUACUUUCAAAGGUCAUUACUCCAGGAAAAGAAAGCAAGGGAAAAGAGCAAUAUAGCUGUCCCGAGGAGAGAAGUGUGCCAAAUAAGAGGAGGUCUAGGAGGUUUUUUGGGGAAGGUUCAUCCUCAGGUUGUGCUGAUGAAGAAUUGGAGGAAGAAGAUGGAGUAAAUGCAGCUGAAUUAGAGACAGAUGAGGAUUUCUAUGAUAGUGACUAUGACAUAGAAGAUGGGGAUGACGAUCACGACAACUGCUAUGUCAAGUGGAAGAGGUAGGAGGAGGGGUGUUACUGAAGAUAUUCUAGAGGAUGUGCCUCAAUCCAGCCACCAAACAAGUGAUAAUACAAAGAGGCAGGAAGAGGCAAGCUAGAGGAGGUGGUAGAGGAAAUGCUACAGGAGGUGGGAGGGGAAAUGCUACAAGAGGAAAUGGAAGGACAAGAGGAGGAGGUGCAAGAGGAAAUGGUGGAAGAGGAACUCUAUAUGACAAUGGAGGAAGGACUGGACCAGGGGCUGGAUUCUGGAACUUGAUGUUUGGACCUGAUUCAGAUAGGUCACAUGUGGCAGCAGAGGAAGAGCCAAUCACA